AUGAUAUUUGAACUCUUGAUAGUUGGUAUGCUGGUGUUAGAAUUUAAAGAUAGUAGCACUACUGGCCUCGAAAAUGAAUUCACAAUACAAUUUGGUAUUGUACCUACUGCAGCUGAUCACAAAGGAAGUGGUGUCAAACUUGCUUGGCUCCGCACCCUAAAGCAGCACAUGCAGUUGGAUACCGCACUCGGAAAACAAAUGUUCAAACAACUUCUCUCCGAAGGUCGAGUAUAUGUAAUGAAGCUCUUCUCUGUUGUGCGAAACCAAAGAUCUUAUAGGGCCACUAGGAAUCAGAUUAAGUUGAUUUUUCAAUUCAAGACCACUGUCAGGGAUGCUAUCUGCGAUUUUAUUCCAAAAUCUGCUCUUACAAUCUCUCCAUUCACUGAACUUUUGGAAACCAAAGAGGAUUAUGAUUUCUUAGUUGAUGUGGUGGGUCUGUUGGUCUCUGUGUCGGAAGAGAAAGAAUAUGAUAAAGAUGGAAAGAAGAUGAAGAUGGCUGUGAUGGAACUUGCUGAAAAUGAGUUACCAGUUGGACUUCAGAAUGUUAUGUUUGCAUCAAAGCUUGGAUUUAAUCUUGACAUCCUAGAGGUGGCAGCUUUUCAAAAAAGUUCUAUUCCACAUGGAGUUAGUGCAUCCCAACCCAUUGGCAUUGUUGAAUCUGGAAAAAAUAUCGGAAUAGAAGAAGAUUUUAUAAAGCUCACACCUAGGUGUACUGUGAAGUCGCUUGAUAAUAAUAACCGGGCUGAAACUUUUGUUGUACUAGCGAAGAUAGCUAAAAUAGUUGAGGAUGGUCCUUGGUGGUACUCUGCUUCUGUGUGUGGCAGAGGUGUUCAGGCAGAAACUGGAAUUUACUUUUGUCAAUUUUGCAACAUUCAUGUUCAAAUGUUUAGAGUGAAGGUGUUGGUUGAGGAUUCCACUGGUAUUUCUAUUUUUGUCAUCUUUGAUCGUAAGGCAAGUUACCUACUGAAUAAGACUUGUGCCCAGCUGUUUGAACAACAUCUUAAGGAUGUUAAUGUUGUGUUUGGCACACAGUCUUCUCCUAUAUUUCAAGAAAUUGUUGGAAAAACUAUGUUGUUCAAGGUUCUUAGUAGGCCUGUUGGGAUGGAUAAAUUCAUAAGGACUUAUCCAGUAAGGCGUGAUUGUGAUGAUGCUGCAAUAGUUGGAAUGUUUGAGCUCUCUGGUUUAGAUUUGAGUCCUGAAAAGUGUCCUCUCCUCAAGAGAAAGUCUGCUGAUGCUGUGGUUGAUAAGUUAAAUGAAGUGGAUAGUUCUGAAAAUUCAUGUGAUAAAGUUCAUGAAAGUGAAGAAGAGAAUGUGGUUGGCCUUAAUCAAGGCUCUCUUGAUACUGAAAAAGAUGUGAAGCCUUCGUUGAAGAGGUUGAGAAGAUCCUUGAGACUGCAAUUUGAUGAAGCUGAUGAGUCUCGUGGCUCGGGAAAUGAUGGCUCCUCUGGACAUGGGGUUAAUUGA